UAUGUCACACAGAGGGUACAUCAGACAGAUAUAUAUAGUGUGUAGAUUUCAGAUGAGGAAAGUUAUUGCUACAUUGCAACGAUGUGAGUCAUACAAUUUGUUGACAUUUUGUGUGAUGUAGAAUAUAUCAAACAAAGAAAAGGGCGGAUUUAACAAGCAGACAUGUUGGGAAGUUAUUUCGUCCUCGUGACGGUUAUGACAUGGACGAUAGCGAUGGCGACAAUAGACAACAGUGAUGUGACAAUUAUCAGUGCGAAAAUUACUGCAGAGGUGCGGUUUGACUGCAGUCGACGGAGCGACAACGAGGUUAUGAUUUGGAAAGUCUCGACAAAAUCUGGGACGAAAGUCUUCAAUGUCAAGGACAAAUGUGAUCGCAAAGCAAAUGAUCCAAUUGACGUGAGAAAACGGUGUAUAGAUGAUAGAUAUGGUUUUGACCUUGUAAUAAAAAAGAUCAUAGAAGAUGACGAAGGCAUUUAUGAAUGUGCUGCUGCCAGACCCACCGACGUUCUAAAAAAAUACGACUUUAGAAUAGAAAGAAAAGCCUUUAUUCCCGAGUUCGCCUACACAAAAGAUGCAACUGUAAUGGAAGGAAACACUGCUAGACUAUGGUGUAAUGCUUCCGGAUUUCCCAUUCCUUCUGUUCUAUGGCAAGUUGUGGACAUUGAUUCGAAUAACAGAGAGUCUUUCCACGAUAUUGGCAUUCAUGGGAAGCUGCUUCAAAUCAAGAACGUUUCCAGACACUGUAGUACAUCGUACAGAUGUGUGGCUUCGAAUGAACUUUCCAGAACUCCUGCGGAGCAGAAUAUCAAGAUUCGAGUGGACUUUCGUGCUAUGGCCGAUCUCGACAUAUACAGUGAGGAUUAUUGUGGUACUUCCACUGAUGAUCUCGGGGAGACAAUAAAAGUAAACACAACAGGAGAUUCCUAUGUGGAGAAGAGUGAAGGAUCAAGAGUGUCGCUUGUUUGUAGCGGAUCUGGUUCUCCGAACGCUACCAUAGAAUGGCUUAGGCACUAUAAGGGUCAACUCAUCAAAAUCUCAACUCUAGGACACGGGGAUCAGAUUGACAAUACCCACCAACUUGAGUCUUUUGUGACCGCGGUCUGUCCUUCUUUAUUCAUUGACGAACGAAGGUUUCGACUAACCUUUCAGGUUUUUGACGAUAUGUUCACGACAUACGUUUGCCGUACGUCAAACAAAUAUGGCGUCGACGAAAUGGCGAUGACAGUCAAGAAGGCAAUGUGAAAGAUUUCGUUUAAAAUUAUGCAAAUGUUCGUCUCGAUACACCACGGGUCUUUGAGUGUAAUACAAAAACAAAUAAAUGCUUGAAUAAUUCUUUAA